UGAUGAAUGUUGAAAAAUUGAAUAGAAAGCAACGAAUAGUUAAUAAAAGUGUUCGAAAUGUACAUUAAUAGAUGAAAGAUUGUCAUUUAGUUUUAUUUUGAUAGACAUGUAAUAUUUUAGUCAUUUUUACAUAUAUUGAAUAUCAAAAAAAUAAUAUAGGGAUAAUAAAAUAGGGUAUAAAUUUGUAUAUUUCAUUUUUCAAAAGAGAAUUGUGUAAUCCUUACGCCAGAAAGAAAUAUUCUAAUAUUCUUCAAAUAUUCUUCUUAAAUUAAAAUUAAAAGUUACCGAACGAUGGAAUUUGCAAAGAACAUUACUUUAGGAUUUUUGCACGGUUUUUGGGAUAGCAUUAAAGGCAUGACAUUUGUUUUUUAUAUCGACGCCGAAAUAGCGGAACAAGAGCGUCAGAAUCGAAUGCGACGCAGUCCAUCACCAGUACCUUCUUCGGCUUCAGCAAUGAUUUUGGAGCAAGAAAGGCAGCGCGAUUUCCAACGUGAAAAUCCUGAUGAACGCAAUUUAAAUAGCCUACGUAAUCGCUUGACUGAACCCCGCGUGGCACCACAAGAAAAGAAAAUUGCCCAAAAAGUCUUCAUGUGUUGUGUGCUUAAUGGCGGCUUCACUUGGAUGAGUAUCAUUUUAUUUGAACACCUACUACUGCCGACGCUUAAGUUUCUUUUAACUUUGUGCUAUGGGAAAGAUUCAGAUGAUUUACAUCUGAUUUGGAGCUGGUUGCAGUCUAUACUUUCCAUAAUAUUUGGCAUGAUGUGGGUGCUACCAAUAUUUCUGCUCAGUAAAUUUGUGAGUUCUCUUUGGUUCGCCGAUAUCGCUAACGAAGCGUACAAAAUACGCAAAGGGAAACCCCAACUGAUCCCGAGUUUAAGCAAACUAAUUGCGGACUUCUUAUUUAGCUUAGUUGUCCAAGCAUUGUUUUUAAUUCAGAGUAUGUUGGUCAGUUUGAUACCAAUAACCUCUGUUGGCAAUAGCUUGUGUUUUGUACAUCUCUGUAUGCUUUACUCUUUGUACUGCUUUGAGUACAAAUGGAUCAACAUGGGUUGGGAGCUACAUAAGCGUUUAAGCUAUAUUGAAAUGAAUUGGCCAUACUUUUUGGGGUUUGGUGCACCUCUCUUUUUUGUCACAAAUAUAACAAAUUCGCUAAUCGCAAGCAGCUGCAUAUUUUCAAUAUUUUUCCCUCUUUUCAUAUUGAGUGGCAACGAGGCACGACCACUCGUGGGAACGACUGAAACUCCAAUUCGGCUAUUUUCGCCGGUUAUAUUCGUUGCAAAUUUAAUGUUUACUGGACGACAAAAUAAAACCAAAAUUGAGAAGGUUACGCAAAGACAACAGCAACCACGCGCUCAAGAGAAACCACUAAGACAGCGUAAACACUCCCCUCAAGAUGCUCAAGCACACACACCAAAGGAACCACCAAAAUAUCGUUACCCUCAACCCCCAGAAAAGAUAAAUCCAUCAUUGCACAGGACAUCCGAUAUACCAAUGCCAAUGCGUUAUCGCACAAGUGCUCGCAAUCUUAUACCUACGCCAGCUCCCACCGCACCUAUAAGUGAUCAACAACGAAGAUAGCUUUUAUAAUAUUCA